AUGACCAACGUGGCAACUGAUUAUACGUGGACAGCGGCUUUCACAGCUGUGUUCGUGAUGGUAUUUGGUGUUUACUGGUUUUCGAGGUCUAAGAAGCAAUACAAUUUGCCACCGGGACCAAAAGGAUGGCCAUUUGUAGGGAUGCUAUACAAAUUGGGUGAUACACCACAUAUACAGUUCAUGGAAAUGGCGAAGAAGUUUGGAAAUGUAUUUUCAAUGAAAGUUGGUACCCAACGCGUAAUAGUGUUGAAUGGCUAUAAAGCUGUGACUGAAGCAUUGGUGGAUAACAACUCCAUAUUUUCUGAAAGACCAGAUGCAUGGACCCUCAAAAGAGUGAAAGAUGGGGAUGGAAUAGUAAGUCGAAACGCUGAUCAUGUGUGGAAGGAACGUCGUACUUUUAUGGGUACGCAAUUACGUGACUUUACCAAGAGAUCUUUAGAGGCAACGAUUCAUGAAGAAGCUGAGAUGUUGUGUGAGGCACUUGGAGCCACCAAUUGCAAGCCUGUUGACUGUAGCCAUCUUCUGCGGAAGCAAACUAGAGCACGUGAAGACAACGUGGAUUUGAACGACCCCCGAGAUUACACAGAAGCGUUAGUCGGAGAACAGUUUCGCAAUCAUGGAGUUAGACAGUCAUCGACCUUCAAAGAAUUGAAAAAUGUCAAGGAAACAGCUACAUCUUCUGUUAGCGAGUUAUUCCGAACUGCUACAGAUCCUACCUAUACUGCACUUCGAUGGGCGUUGGUAUAUAGCGUUAAACAUCCAGAAAUUCAAGAGAAAAUACACAACGAAAUCGUUGAUGUCAUUGGUACAAGUCGCAGAGCAACCAUUAAUGAUUAUGACAGUAUGCCAUUCACCCAGGCAGCAAUAAUGGAGGCCAUGAGAAUGGUAGCGCCAUUGUCCCUCGCUCCUCCACACAGUAAUACAAAGGAUUGUAAAAUCGGAGGCUAUGAUAUUCCUAAAGAUAGCUAUGUUCUCCCAAAUUUUCACUCUGUUCACAUGGAUCCAGAAUUCUGGGAAAAUCCAGAAAAGUACGACCCAAGUCGUUUUAUUGGUCCUGAUGGAAAGCUGAGAAACAAGGUUGCCUUCAUGGCAUUUGGUAGAGGUCAUCGCAAAUGCCCUGGUGAAAAUAUAGCCCGGUGUCAGCUAUUCCUUUUUUUUACCUCCUUCAUCCAACGAUUUAGAUUUGAGUUGGCCGAGGAUGCUGCUGCAUUAAAGUCGAAAACUGGAAUGAGCCUUAUAAACAAGCCUGCCGACCACAAAAUUCGUUGUAUACCGCGCACUUGA